UUAUUUAUUGUCACCAACGCCUGAAUCCUCUGACUCUGAGCGGCAACGUGUGAGUAGAUCGAGUGCCUGUCGACGGGAUCGACCUGAAACUGUGUGUCUUGCUGGCUGGUAUACCGGAACCGUCCUGAAGUUAGAACCGUUGGUCUGCUCCAGUGGCUUUGGUUGUCUGUGGCUUUUCUCUUCUGCGGAGCCUGGAGUGAGGCGAUUUUCUUCCGACGCGGGAUACUGAGCAGAUAAGUCCUUGGCCCUGUUUUUGUCGAUGCGCCCGUGAUUUCAGUUAGCCCGUUGUAAUUAAGAAAUAAUAUAUAUAUUUUUUUCCUUUUUAUCUCUAUGAUCUAACUUUGGUUUUUGUUAGCGAUAGUUAGACUGUAAGUAUUAUUUAAUAGUCUGUGUGAUGGAGACGAGGUUGACUCUAACCGCCCAGUUCAUCAGUGACGGCCGUGCUCUCGGGUAUGAUGGUGAGAGGUUGGAGAGGUAUGUGGCAGAGCAGAAGGUUGAAUACGAGAGAGCCAAGAAGGAGGAGUUUGAACGAGAGACGGCUAGGCUUGAGCGAGAGGAGAGAUUGAAGAAAGAGGCGAAGGCAGAAGAGGAGAGAUUAAGGAAAGAGGCGCAGGCUGAGGAGAAAGCCAGACUUGAGCGUGAAGAGAGGUUGAGAAGAGAGGCGAAGGCGGAGGAAGAGAGGUUGAGAAGAGAGGCGAAGGCAGAUGAGGCCGCCAGACAUGAACGAGAGGAGAGGGCCAGGCGUGAGGAACACGAGAGGUGGAAGGAGAGAGAUGCUAGAGAGGAGCUCAAGAGAAAAGAUGAACUGGAGUUGGCACGGCUUAAAGAGAAGUCGGCGCCAGAGGCAGGUGCAGUGGUAGGUCAGGCAGUUGAGGUGCGACAAAAGAAUGUCUUGGACAGGCUAGACAAGAACUUCCAAGGCAUGAAGGAAGAGGACGAUCUUCUGGCGUACCUAACGCACUUCGAGGCCGUAGCAGCAAGGUGUAAGAUUGAGAGUAAAGAGUGGGCCCUACUGUUGUCCUACAAACUGACGACAUCUCUCAAAAACUUUAUGUUGAGGGACAGUCUGUUCCUCAGCGACAAAUAUGAGGAUGUCAAAACGGCACUUCUCCGCCACGCAGACAUCAAUGCGGAGACAUGCCGCAAAAGGUUCCACCGGGUCAAACCACGGCAGAAUGACUUCCGUGGGUAUGUGACCGAGUUGAGGACCGCACUGGAUAACUGGUGCAAAAUGGCCGAGGUAGGAAAGACAGUGGAUGAGAUAAAAGAUCUUUUGAUUAAAGACGGGAUACUUGAAAGUGUAUCAAGUGAGGUGUACAGGCAGCUUGUCUUAAACAAACAGAGUACGGUAGAGAACAUGCUUGAGGUAAUCGAAGGUUUUAAGGUAGCUGAUUCGAAUGUUUCAAUUAGUAAAGAAGAAACUGUGUAUGUGGCAGCAGCAUGUUGUGAGCCUGUGAUUAAGCAGAGUCCAGUGGUUAAAAGAAAGGUAAUUGUUUGUUUCAGUUGUGGUGAGCAAGGUCAUAAAUCAGCUGAGUGCCCUAAUGAAUUUGUUGCCCAAAAUAAUGAGACUGAUGUUGAGGAUGUAGAUCCCAAUGAUAUUGUCAAUGACCAAGACCAGCGAUCUAGACAUAGAUGACUAGAGGGUCGUCGCGAUUCGGAAGGUCGCCGUAGGUAUAAGUUAAUGCCGGAUCGUUAUACAGUUACUAUUAGGAAUUUGCCAUUCAAUGUUAACUGGCAAAAGCUUAAGGAUAGGUUUAGGGAGUUUGGUUUGUUUGGGUUUGUGGAGGUUUUAGAGGCAAACGGGAAGUCCAUGGGUGUUGGACAUGUAAGGUUUAAGAACUUAGCAGACGUUGCUAAGGCGGUUAGAUAUUUGGACAGGUCGAAAUUUGGUAGUAGAAGUAUUGUGGUAGUCCCUCAUCGUGUGAGUGCAAGAGGUUGACGUGAUGAUUAAGUUAGUAAUUUGGUCGCAUCGGUAAAUUUUGCGGGCGUGGUUUGAUAGGCUAGCACACACAUGAAAGUAUUGCGUUACUAGUUGGUUGAGUAAUUGGUAGUAGAGUAAAAUGUACAUGAUGAAGCUCAUGUAAUAGAGCAUAUACUAGCAUAAAAGUACAAUCUUAUCCUGUUUGAAUUUAGCAAUUGGAUCUGGGUUAUGAAUCUAGUUGCAUUUUCUGUCGUAUAGGAUGAAGAUCAUUAAUGACAUGCUUAAUUGUACCGCGGGUGGUAUAAUAGUAGCAUUAUCUUGUUCAACUGUUUUUCUUAAAGAUAUCUAAAUUA